UCUUUUUUCGCGUUAACGCGUAUCUUAUACUUGUCUGCUUUUAGUGUUCACACAGAAUAAGAUGCUCUGUAUCUCUUUUUACUAGAAAAACAGAGUAGAAGAAGAAUCAAAAAGCAAAAAUGGUGAAAGACAGAACAAUUGGUGUGGCUGUAGAUUUCUCAAAGAGCAGCAAAACAGCUUUGAAAUGGGCAAUUGAUAACUUGGCUGAUAAAGGUGACACUUUUUACAUCAUCCACAUCAAGACUCAUUCUUCUGAUGAAUCUCGUAAUAAACUCUGGGCUCAAUCUGGUUCUCCUUUAAUUCCAUUGGUGGAGUUUAGGGAGGCUGAGGUGUUGAAGAAAUAUGAUGUGGAGACUGAUAUUGAACUUCUUGAUUUGCUUGAUACUGCUGCUAGGCAAAAAGAGAUAAAAAUUGUUGUUAAAUUAUAUUGGGGAGAUGCUAGGGAGAAAUUAUGUGAAGCUGUUGAACAUCUGAAGUUGAAUUCUUUGGUUAUGGGUAGCAGAGGACUCAGUACUCUCCAAAGGAUAUUCUUGGGAAGUGUGACCAAUUAUGUAUUGUCUGUUGCGACCUGCCCAGUGACUGUUGUUAAGGAUCCAGAUUUUCACAAGCACUGAUCAGGUUUUGUUUGGUUAAAUAUGAACUUAUUAUGAAUACCAUUUUCGAAUAAGAUAAAGGAUUUUACGUGUAAUUUCUCUUUCGAUAUGACAAUUUCUUUACUUUCAAAUGCCAAAUGAGAUGGACCUUUUUUUGGAUAGUA